UGAUUUUCCUUCUUCUUCUAGAUACGAGUGUCGAAGUUGUAAACUGGUUUUUAAAGAUUUCUAUAGUAUGGAAGAUCAUUCACGAUCCUGCGGAAAUAGUUCAAUACCAUCAGGAGAUCAUUCACGAUCCUGUGAAGAUCGUUCACAACCCUUAGGAGAUCAUUUACGAUCAUCCGGAGAUCCAAGCAUUUCUUCCUUUUCCUUGUUAACCGAUUCUAAACCUGAUAUUCAGAGAAGACCGGAAGCGGACAUAUCUUUGAUUUCUCCAUCUAGCUCAAGAGAACGAGGGGUGGAUGGUGAACGAAUAAAUGAUGCUAGAGAGAUGGAUGAUAAACCACUAGUUGAGCCGAGAGAAGGGGAUGGCAGAUCUAUUUGCUGCAAAGAUAUUGAGGCAGAAGUUAAGAUAGCGUAUCUAAGUUGCCCAAAG